UGUCAGUCCAAAACUACUUAAAAAUGUUCAAGAUCCUCCUAGCCCUUUGCAUUGUUGGAUGCUCAUUUGCUGCACCAAUUCAUGGAGAUGUUGACGAUGAGCUUUUGGGCCUCGCUUGGGAAGCCGCCGCCACCAGCGUCAACAACGGCAACCGCGGGAAGUUCUGGGUACCCAUCGAGAUCCAGAGCUCGGAUAAAAAUGGAGCAGUAACAAAUCUCGUCGUGGUAUUCCAAGAGUCGUGGUGCAGUGUUGAGGAGGGAAAUGAUCUCGAGGAUGUGUGCGAAUCUAUGUGCCCAGUAUAUUAUGGAGGAGCUAAGGCUACAUAUCGUGUCACGGCUACCGAAUCCAACGGGGGAAGUGAUUUCGAAUCUGUUAGAAUUGAAUAGAAAAUGCUUUAAUCUAUCUUUUGUCAGUUAAUUUGUACAUAAUCAAUAAUCACCUAAUAGCUUUCCAAUAAAAAGUUUUAUUUUUC